AUGGGGGAUGUUCAAACUCCACUGAAAUCCAGAUCGGACGCCCCAGUAGAUGAUUCGGAUUCAUCACAAAAUUCUACUCUUUCUCAGGAUGAUCAAACCCUACCUUCAACUCCUGCUUCACGCAAUAAUUCUCCUCAGUUGCCACCAAGAUUGAAAUACAGACCUGGGGCAACAGACAACUUCCUUGAAUCCUUGCCGUCCAACCACAGGUUCACUUCUGCAAGAAUACAGCCUCUGGAUGAACCUGUUUGCAAUAUUGGAAAUUGUCGGCUUGAAAUAUCUACACAGGAGUCUUUUCCGCAGCAUGUUUUAAACCAAAAGAACGAGAAAAUGCUUUAUCAAGUCGUUUAUCGUGGGGUAGUCAGUCUUCUUCGUGAACCAGGCAUCAAAAGUGGAGUACAUAUUGGAUACGGAGAGAUAUUUGAAGGAAUAGCUCUUGAAUCAAACGAUGAACAUGCUCCGUCGUGGACACGCGUCACCAACAUCCUCACAGGUGGAUAUGCUGUUGAUGCUGCGAACACAAAAAAUGUUGCGAUAUUGGACCAGACUCCAAAAAGGACAAACGUCGCGAAUGUUGCUGCUGUAAGAACAUCAUCAAUUUCAUUACCCAUACCUUUGCCCAGCAGCAGAAGCGGGGAGGAAAGCUCAGUUGUCGACGUCACAAAAAGCGAGAGCGACAGUGACAGCAGAUAUGGCUACAUUUUCGAAACCAAAGGAGAUAUUCCAAUUUGCAUCCCGAUCAACUUCAUACCAAAAGUUGAAGUUGGAGAAUUCGUCUACAAAGUUAUUUCGUCGAACCCUGUUCCAAUAAGAACUGGUCCUGCAUUGGAUGCCCCUUGUACCACUGUGGCACUGAUGCCUGGCACAAGUCACGAGGUCUGCCUUCGAGUGCUGGCGGCUGAUCGAUCCUUGGUUUUCCUGCGUUUGACAAGACGGCGUGGUUGGUUAAUGGAAAAGAGGCAAUCGCGAAAAUAUCCAGAGCGGCUAGUCCGUGUCAUGCACGAUAUCACCGACUCGAAGGAAUCACAAAGCUGCAAUAUGUCGUUUGCUUCAAGCAGCUCCUCUUCGUUAGUAGCGACACCGGGCUCAGCGGCAAGACGUCGCCAUCGACCACCCCGACGUCGUCGCGAAAUGCAAAUCGAUGAAAGCUCGCAUUCUCCGUCUCAUGUGAAUACCUCGUCGAGUUUUUGGCAGGAUUCUCCGAACAAUAGUUUUGACAUGAGUUCAUUUGGAAGAGGUAUUAAAUCCCCUUCAUCCAAUGCAUCAAUGCUCUUGGAGGGAUCCUCGUUGCCAGUGGUGCAGAGAGAAAAGGAAGGAAGAACUGAUACAGAAUCAGCUCCGUUGUCAGACACUUCUCAGACUGGUUUCUUUUUGAUCCGAGUAAGCGCACCUCGCGGAUUAAAGAUAUUGGAUGCUCCACACUUUCAGGUAAACAACCUUAUCCAUGGAAAACACACACCAAUUUCUAAUAAAAUUCAAGCGAAGGGUAAAAACGAGCCAGGAACUACGAAACAAUCUAUCUUCCAAACAAUGACUGGGCACCAUACAACAGCUCUGACCAGCAAGACUGGAAGUCCAGCGGUAUUUGAUUCUGUGCUUCGGGCCAGGAAACUUCCACGUGGUUGUGUCUUUGAAGCAUCAAAGAGAAUGGAUAGUAAGGGAGCUUUUGGUGAAGGAGAUGGAUUGAUAAAGCUAUCUGACAACAGCGGGUGGGCCAUUGUUCCAAAGCAGGAAGAACUAGAAAUGCAGUACAAAACUUACUCAGGAUCACUGGCCAAGGCGAUGGAAGGAGAAGUGACGCGUGCAUUUGAAGAAGUCGGAAAUGCAAUUGUCAAAGACAAGACUCAACCUGUAUUCAUGAGAGUAUAUAACAAGGGUGGUAUUGCGGUUUCGUGCCCCCCAGCUUCCUCUUUGAUGACUGAUGAUGAGACAUCAAUCACGUCUCCUGGGUCCUCUGUUGCAGGCACAUCUGCAGUCAAUGGAGGCUUUGGUCAUGCACCAAGUCAGGACUCAGACAUAGCGUCAUCAGUUGGAAGCUCCUUUAUUGACGCUAUGUUUCGCACACCCAAGAAGAAAGACUUUGACCACGUAUCCCUUGCAAGUUCGAAGGAUGGAGCGCAAUCUAACAAAAUUCCUCCAAUCGACAAAACUGCCAUAUCAACUGUGAUACCAUGCGGGAUGUAUUUUGAGGUGGACCCUUGGGUAGAUGUCCGUAAUUCUGAGCAAUCGUACUGUUCGAAUGAUUUUGCAAGGAUUCGUGGAGGGCAGGGUUGGAUCCCAAGAUUCGUGCAGGGAAAAACUGUUGUGAAUGUAAUCCAAGGACCAAACGUUAGGUUUGGGUCCUUCUGGUUCAGAGUCUCCCAGAAAGAAGGGAUCAAAGUCCGAAAAGGGCCAUCUACAAGGGCCCCUUCUAUUCGGAGAGAGGAUGGAGUCUAUUUUCGGUUUGAAUGUGGCGAAUAUCUUCGCGCUUCUGAAGUGGUCACGUUCUCCCGCGACAAUAUUGCCUAUGAGAGUUUUGCCAAGUUGUAUAGAAAUCGUCACAUGCGAUUUCAGUCAGGAGAAGAUGGAGAAAGGACUCUCGCAAGCCUGACUGCUCAGUCAGAAUGGGUUCAGAUUUCUAGCUCCAAGACCAUUCAGCUGGUUGAGUGUUUGGUGGAACCACGAAUUGAACGACAUCGACAGGGGUGGAGAUACAACGUUGUACUUGAUGCGAAAGUCAAAGUACGUCGAGGGCCCUCAUUUGAAGCCGAUUCAAAGGGCAUAGUUCUUUUUGGUGGGGAAAGUGUCUUGGUGAAUGAACGGGUCAUCGUACCCAAUGGAAACGUUAUCUGGCUCCGACUUCGAGAUGGUCGGGGCUGGGUUCACAAUGUUGGGAUAGACGGUGAAGCGCUCAUGAUUCCGCAUUCAUUGAAGAAUCGACGAACUACUGGCGGCAACAAACAAUCCAAAUCAAAAGAAAGAGAUGAUGACAUAGCCUACAAUACGAUCAUUGCGAGGCUGUUCCACAACGAAUCUGACAGUGGUUCACAGCAAAAUCAAGGGAAUCACAGGUAG